UCCCAGCGUUGUUAACUCCGUUUGCUUCUCUCCCGCUAGAAGUAAAGCCUCUGCGCUUUCCCCAAUUCAUUUUCCAUUCUUCAAUUUCCCCAACUUCUCACUUCUUAUUCUCGCUCGACGUAUUCAAGGUUAGGGUUACGUCCGCCGAUUCUCCAUGCUAUUCUCACUAUACAAACCUCAAGCAUCUCAAGCAUACAAGCUUUAGUCACGUCAGUCGUGGCUAGGAAAACAUUCAGGUCAGCCAAAUCCGUUCUCCACUCCCGUGCUCGAUCUUUUUCUUUCAAUGGCUGCUUAGUUGCAGAGUCACCGCCAUUGCUCUAUACUCCGUUGCGAUUUCCACCGGCGAGUAGCUCCACACCUCCGGCCUUGCAAGCUCAGGAAGUCCAGUCCUAUCUUCCUGGUCAGAACUCGAAACCAUCUCUGUUUACAUUGAAGUUCAUGGGUAGAAAUUUGGCUUUUCUCGUUUCUUGUGUUACUCUGUUUUAGGUUUCAAAUCUGAUUUUUCAAUUGAUAUGGGAGGGGUUUGUUUAAUUUGGAGAAACGACAGACCAACAGAGCAUCUCUUCAAGGAUUUGAUUAAAGACGAUUGAAACUCUUUUAGAUGGAACAAAAUGCAAAUAGCAUUGAGGGAGAGGAGGUAAGUAUUUUUCUUUUUUUAUGGUUGUGCUUAAAGUUACCUUUGCAUUUUAUUUUAACAGUCAGUCUGUUUUUUUUUCUAAUUCGAUGUAUAUAUAUUUUAUUGCAAGAGAUCCCUUAUCCCACACAUGGUUUAUCUGUCAAUGUGUUGCAAUAUCAGUGAAGAAAAGUACUGAAAGCAAUUGGUCACCCUUUGAUCCCAAACUCUCAUCAGAAUAAAAUCAUUCGCUUGAUCAGUAUGCCAAUGCCUUGGGGUUUUCGGUCCAAGAUGCUUUGGAGUACUGAGUGGCCGCACUUAGAGGUGAUGGAAAUUUCCGCAUACCAAGGAACAAGAGGGAUCCAAACAUCAUGUCAUUUCACAUGACCUCCCGGUGUAAUUUCCCGUUUUUUCUAACAACUGCUUAUAUUUUGUCGUUUUUUGCAGGUCUUUAUUAAUGAGAGCAUCCUUUUUAUAUUGAUAAUGAUUGCCAUGAUUAUUGUUUGAUGAAGUUACUAUUGGUUCUUCAUUCCAUGAAUAUACACAAGGUCUUUUAAAUUAUGAUGCUUCAGAUUAAGUAAUAAUUUCUGUUUUUUUUUUUUUGCAUUCUUCCAACUAAAGUGCUCUUUGGUUAUUUUGUGCUACGAAUGAGAUUGUUUCUGCCCCAGUUGAUACCUCAUUCACCCCCCUGUUGAUCAGGAUACUGAAGUGACUGGUACUAAGACCAGUUUACUUCAUGCUGUUGAUGCCUCAAACCUUACCGAUUGUGCCACAGUUAACCUUAAAUACACUGCUACUUUCUUUAGCCCCAACUCAAGCUCUUGUGGCUUCUGAUCAAUAUGCCCCUGAUGUUGAUCUUUUUACUUCUGUAGUCUCUGAUCUCCCUCAAAGUGAGGCCCCGGUUGUUGCUUGUUCACUACAGGAUGAUAUCGGUGUCAAUUCAGUGCAGGUUGAUACCUAUAAAGUACCCACUGAUAUCACUCAGAGUGAGGACACAAUAGUUGCCUUUUCAUUCAGGGAUACCCCUGAAAUACAUGUUGCCAGUCCAAAAAGCCCCUAAUGUUGAUACCCUUAUUGAUGUUGUUGUUACAGCCCCAUCUGUAACAGUUUUUGUCCCUAAUGACGCCCAUGUUACGGUUUUGGAAUUCCUAGACCCCCCCAAUAUAUGAUGUUGUGUUUACUUUUGAUGCCUCAGCAGUCCCAAUUAAUGCCUACUAUGAUGGAAAUAUGAGGCCUCUGGCCAACUUGUUUGAGAAAAUAGUAAAUGUGGCAGUUUAAUUUCUGGGAUUGCCUCCGUAGAUACCCAGCUGCUACCAGCCUACCAUCAGCCAUAUAUCAGGUUGCCUUUGAAC